UGAUCAGCUGUGUCCAAUCACAGCUGAUCACCCUGAUGAUCUGUGUAGCCCCAGCAGUGCCAGCUGUCAGUGCUUAUCUAUGCCACCCGCUAGUGCCACAUCAGUGCCAUAUUUCAGUGCACAUCAGUGCCACAUCAAUGUGACAUAUCAGUGCACAUCUGAGCUGCCUUUCAGUGUCACCCAUCAGUACCAGUCAGUGCCACCUAUCAGUGCUGCCAAUCAGUGCCACCUAUCAGUGCUGCCAAUCAGUGCCAGUCAGUGCUGCCUAUCAGUGUGCAUCAGUGCCGCCUAUCAGUUCCGCCUAACAGUGCCAGUCAGUGCCGCCUAUCAGUGCUGCCUAUCAGUGACAUAUAUGAGUGCUGCCUUUCAGUGUCCAUCAGUGAUGCCUGUCAAUGCCCAUCAGUGCCAUCUACCAGUGCCUCAUCAG